CCUCUUCCUCUGGAAACUGGAGGAGCAUCUUCUCCCUCUGACGUCAUGACAGCAGCAUCAGCUGUUAGCUCUGUUUUAAGCCUUUUCGCUGCCGAUCGCUGCCUGCACUGAGGAAAUAUAGGCCUAUGAGAUCCCCUCUAAUCCCUGAAAUGGCGACACAGGAGGUACAGCUGAACGAGACUCUGGCCCAUCUCAAAACGGAGUCGGAUACGCUGAAGACGAAGCUGGAGGAGGAGAGAGCGAAGCUGCACGAUGUCGAGCUACAUCAGGUGGCAGAAAAGGUGGAGGGACUGGGUCAGUUUGUAAUGAAGACCCGGAGAACUCUGAAGGGACACGGCAACAAAGUUCUGUGUAUGGACUGGUGUAAGGACAAGAGGAGGAUCGUCAGCUCCUCACAGGAUGGAAAAGUGAUUGUAUGGGACGCUUUCACUACCAACAAGGAGCAUGCUGUGACAAUGCCGUGCACCUGGGUGAUGGCCUGCGCCUACGCCCCCUCUGGCUGUGCUGUAGCUUGUGGAGGCCUGGACAAUAAAUGCUCAGUGUAUCCUCUGUCUCUGGACAAGAAUGAGAACUUGGCUGCUAAGAAGAAGUCGGUGGCCAUGCACACAAACUACCUGUCAGCCUGUAGCUUCACCAACUCGGAUAUGCAGAUCCUGACUUCCAGCGGGGAUGGGACGUGUGCAUUAUGGGAUGUUGAGAGUGGGCAGUUGUUGCAGAGUUUCCAUGGACACGCAGCAGACGUGCUUUGUCUGGACCUGGCCCCCUCCGAGACUGGAAACACAUUUGUUUCAGGGGGCUGUGAUAAGAAGGCCAAUGUGUGGGACAUGCGUUCAGGACAGUGUAUUCAGUCCUUUGAAACUCAUGAAUCAGACAUAAACAGUGUGCGAUACUAUCCCAGCGGAGAUGCGUUUGCAUCUGGAUCAGACGAUGCUACAUGCCGCCUGUACGACUUAAGGGCAGACAGAGAAGUGGCUAUUUAUUCCAAAGACAGCAUCAUAUUUGGGGUCUCCAGUGUUGAUUUCUCUCUCAGUGGACGGCUACUGUUUGGCGGCUACAACGACUACACCAUAAAUGUUUGGGAUGUUCUCAAAGGAACGCGGGUCUCUAUCCUGUUUGGACAUGAGAACCGUGUCAGUACGCUGCGUGUUUCCCCUGAUGGGACGGCUUUCAGCACAGGUUCCUGGGACCACACUCUUCGGAUCUGGGCUUAAGGACGAAGACACAGAGGAAUUAAUGGUAGACAGACUUAACUGUUUGCUAGAGUACAAUCACAGACUCAGUUUUGGUUGUACAUAGGGCAUAUCAAUAGCAUUGUAUAUACUCCAGUUUCAUGGCCAGGGUAGAUUUACAUAUUCCAGACAAUAAUUAAACCAAAUGGCACGCUUGUAUUACAUUAGGAUUGAGAGUAAAUUUCACAGACGUACAUAUGGUUACAACUUAAGAUGUAAAAUGUAUAUUGCAGAAAACAACAUUAGUGACUAGCAUUCGUCUACGAUAGAAGUGACACAAUAAAGUGAUGUAUUGUAUGUGCCCACAUAGGGGACAAUACUCGUUUGUUUAUUUGUUUUUGCACAUAAAAUAAUGGAGGAAUGCAGUCCAUUGAAGAAAAUGGGAUAUAAGGGAACAAAAUACAUCUCUAGGAGAAGCAGAAGGGUUUAUAUGAAGGUUUGACUCAGACUGAGAAAAGAGAGAUGGGAGGGAGGGGAUUUGUGGCAUCUCUAUAAAUGUUAGGGAUAGUGAGAAUGAUUAGAUUGGCUUGUAGAAAUUAAUCAAUAUUAGUUAGUUUGAAGCGAAUAAAAAAUAAUAUUGGAUACAAAGGAGCAUUGGAAUAAAAUAUUAUGAAAGAAGUACAAAAUUGUAGUUUUAUUAAAGAUGGAAAUAGUGAAUUCAUGUAUUUUUAUUUCCACACUGUGUGCCCAACAAGCUGUCUACAUUCUUCACAGCAACUCACCUGCCAAUAUUAUUCUAAUGUAAAGAAAGCACAUUUACAGAUAAAUAUAAAAUACAUGAUGUUGAUCUUUCAUCCCUAUGGUUUUAAAUCAUGGUUUACUUCUGUUUGUUUCCAGCCGUGGAGGCCACUCAUUGCUCCACGUGCUCACCGAGUUACUGCAGACACCCUGAACCCUGUGGUACCCCGCUAGAUAUCUACAUAUACAAAUGUUUAAAUUCUUAGAAUGUACUCCUUUUCAUGCAGUUGUCCAAUAAUCAAGUAAUUUCAUAUUUACUGUAAUUAUUUUAUUGUAGUUUAGUGUACAGUUAUACAAGGGACUGUUUAUCAAAGUAUUACAAACAUAAUAAACUGAGUUUUGAAUAUCA